AUGAGCUCAGAAAAAUACCGGGCUGUGCUUGACGACAUUGCACGGAACAAUGCUCUCUAUGAAAAACCAUCCAAGACUCAUAACCUGAAGGAGACAAUCCUCAGAAAAGCGGAUGUCCACUUGAAUGCGGCGGGGGAAGACGAUCCCGAUGCGCCCACCGAAUCGGAGCUGCAAGCCGAAAUGACGUUCAAGCACCAUGCACGAGGGGAGGAAGCGCCCGCGGAGGUUGAAAAGGAAGAAGAAGGGGGGGAGCUGCACUCGAUGUUGGGAGAGCGUGGUCGGGAAAUGGAUUCAACGGAGCAGCAUAGGAGGCACAAGGCAGCAGCAAAAAGCCUUGGGAAGACCUCCAGAGAACUUGUGACGGCCGGCAAGACAUGCAAGCCGCCUCGAAAGAAGCCGCGAAGCAAAGCAACAGGUCGGAACCAUCAAGCGUCUGGGGCGUGGUGGGGGGUAAGAAGCCGGUGGCUGGGGUGGCGGCGCUUGCAGGCAAGCCGGAGGCAGCAGGGCCCACGGGGCAGAAGGGCUCAGGGGGUGCCCAAAAAAAGAAAGUGGCACCGACGGGCGCCAGAUGUCGGGAAGCCGGCAGCUGGGGAGGGGAGGCAAAAGCUUGCGAAGGAAGGCAGUGGAAAGGCGGUGGUUGGAGACAACCGGAAAGCAACGGCGGCGAUCACGCCCCUGCGGCCCGAGAAGAAGCCGCGGCGGUACAAGCCGGGCACCUUGGCGCUCAGAGAAAUCAGGAAGUACCAGAAGAGCACGGACUUCCUAAUUCCAAAAAUCACGUUCGGUCGGAUCGUGAGGCGCCUGUGCAACACGUAUUCGAAACAAGAAGACCUCAGGUGGCAGGCGUCGGCGUUGGACGCCCUGUUGGAGGCAAGUCAGGACUCCGUCGUGGGGCUGUUUGGAGACGCCAUCGAACGGGAGGCGCGAGAGGCACAAGAGGAGAAAGAGAAGAGCGAGGCAGCAAGCCGCGCUAUAAGGACUGCGCAGGGGCCCUCGCGAGGGGCUGAAAAGUCGGAGGGGAAGGACAAGGGGAAAAGAACAACGCAGGGGCCGGAAGGAGGGGCCAAAACGGAGAAGCUACUUGAGAAACGCAAAGAGACGAAAGCGAAGCAGGGGCCUGGCGUAGGGGUUGAAUCGGCCGGGGAGCGUGCCGAGCUGUGGUGGAGGGAACGUUGGAGGAAUCCCAGGGAGGCGCAGAGAAGUCGAAGCGGGGGACCAAGAGGGAGAAGGAAGCAGAGGAGACGCAUGGAGGAGAGAGCGGCGAAGCCUCCAGAACGGGUGAAUUGGAGGGGGGAAAAGCGGAGAAGGAGGCCAAGACCGGGGCGGAAUUAUCCCAGGGGGAUAAGGAAGCCGGAAAGAAGCGCCGGGGGGGAACAUGAUCGUGCAAGGAAGGUGCAAGAGGAGAGAAGAAAGUGGCUUGAUUGGUGCGUGCAACAAGAGCCGUCUGCAAACUUUAGGAAGGGUGCGAAAUUGUACAUAGCGAUUGCGUCCAUAGAUCACAAGCGGUAA